UCCUGAACUCCUUCCGGCUAGUUGGGACAUUGAGCUUGAAGUCUUGAACUACCACCGGCAGCAGCAAUGGAAACGGCGGAAACGCCGGAAACUUUUUUAUACGAAACCCUAAGUCCUCUGAGCCUCACUACCAACACCGACGAACCGCCGCCAACUUCGUCGCCGCCAUGUUCGUCUUCAAACCCAGAUGAAGCCGAACCCUAUGUUGUCUUCCGCAACGAAAUUUCUCUUUCAUCUAUUCAGUCCUCGACAACUGAAACCGCUGCUCCUGAAUAUUUCUCCCUCGACGUUAUUGAUGUCGUAGAGAAUGUUAUAGAUACUCCAAUUCCGACUCCCGAGGCGUCUCCAGCUGCGGCACCAGUAAAAGAGCCCGAGCGGGAGAGAAGACUGGAGGGGAAUUGGUUUCGAGCUAACUGUCGCUUCAAAAGUCCCAUGCUUCAGCUCCAUAAAGAGAUACUAGAUUUUUGUGACUUUCUAUCUCCAACUCCAGAAGAGCAGGCAUCUCGGAAUGAAGCUAUAGAUGCUGUUUUUGAUGUUGUUAGAUAUAUCUGGCCCAACUGCAAGGCAGAAGUUUUUGGCUCAUUCAAGACGGGGCUCUAUCUUCCUACAAGCGACAUUGAUGUUGUGAUAUUGGAUUCCAAAAUUUCUCGUCCUCAGAUUGGUUUGCAAGCUCUUUCUAGAGCCUUAUCACAAAGAGGAAUUGCAAAGAAGAUUCAGGUGAUUGCAAAGGCUCGUGUGCCAAUUAUCAAAUUUGUGGAGAAAAGAAGUGGUGUCGCAUUUGAUAUAAGUUUUGAUGUACAAAAUGGACCAAAAGCUGCUGACUUUAUAAAGGAUGCUGUAGCUAAAUGGCCUCCUCUGCGACCAUUAUGUUUAAUUUUGAAAAUAUUUCUACAACAGAGAGAGUUGAAUGAGGUGUAUACUGGUGGGAUUGGUUCCUACGCGCUGCUGACCAUGCUGAUAGCUAUGCUGCAGAAUCAUAAUUAUCGCCAAGCUUCUCCGGAACACAAUCUGGGAGUUCUUCUGGUGAACUUUUUCGAUAUGUAUGGCCGCAAACUGAAUACAGCCGAUGUUGGUGUAUCUUGCAAUGGAGAAGGCACCUUCUUCUUGAAGAGCAGGAAAGGGUUUUCUAUCAAGGGAAAACCUUUUGUUAUCUCCAUUCAGGAUCCGCAGGCCCCAGAGAAUGACAUAGGAAAAAACUCCUUCAACUAUUUCCAGGUUAGAUCUGCUUUUGCAAUGGCUUUCAGUUCUCUGACAAAUGCAAGAGCUAUUCUGGGCAAUUGUCCCAACAGGAGCAUUCUUGGUACCAUUAUAAGGCCAGAUGCAGCGCUGCUAGAACGGAAAGGAGGAUCUAAUGGGGAGGUGACAUUUAAGAAGUUGCUUCCAGGUGCGGGAGAACCACUGCCUGAACAAAAUGGUGAUCACAGGGAGAUAUAUUGUAACUGGCAGUUGGGUGAUGAGGAUGACGAACCACUUCCCCGGGGAAAUCCAAUUUCUGGAGAUGACAGUGAACAUUCCUCAGGAAAGAAGAGGAAGAAAUCACUUCAGAGGAAGGCUGUUAAGAAGGUGAAGCAGAAUGGGGAUGAUAAAACUGUCAGACAUGGAAAAAUUAGCUCAGGGAAGAAGUCUAUGAAGGAUUGGAGACGUCAUCAAGAUGGUGGUGAUAGCAAUGGAUACAGAAGCUAUGAUAGGUUUCAUCACUGAGGAGGCCUGCUUGAUCAAGCAAUUUCCGAGCAUCCAUCUCUCAUAGUCGUAGAGCAGCAGCAAUUAGGAAUCACAGAGACGAUCCAUGCUCACAUCCAUGAUGCGAAUGCUUCUUCCUCGAGUUUCUAGUAAUUGUGCAAUUACAAUUAUGGCGAUAAUAUUGCUUCUCAAAAAAUAGAUCAGGGAAACUUACCAGUUAGACCUUUAGCCAGGAACCUUGAUGCUCUGCCCCGGAUCUUUCCUUGGUGGGACUGGCGGGGUGGAAUUGGUGCUUCAAGCUCUUAUUGCUAAGUGCAUGAUUGAUCAUCAGUCUGCCUUGGAAUCCUCUGAACCAUGGCCGAGUAGCAGUGUCAAAAUGCUCAUCGCUUAUGGUGUUGAAGCUAUCGAGGAUUUGCAACCAUAAUUUGAGGAAAGAGUAGUGAAUUUAAUGCUGCUGUAACUCGGUAAGUUCUGUUGGAAAAACCUUAGGUCAUACUUGGACUGUAUUUGUCCUACAUUUAUACAUCCAGCAUCAGUUCAGGUGCUAAAAUUUUGUUUUUGUUACGUUUUUAGAGCCUACGUGUUAAUAUAGCAGCUUCAACAUGUAUACAAGUAAGAACCUUUUUUUUU